AGAAUCUUGUGAAAACUUAAAUGUCAACAUAACUUCAACUGUCAUAGAACUUUUCGAACAAGUAAGAUUAAAUUGGUUGAAAGAUUUUAAUACAAAAGAGAACUUAUAUAAAAGUACUUCAAACUACAGACAAAGAUCGCCAUUUAUUCCAUUUGCUUUAAAAAAUCUAACUGGAGCGGUAUUACAAUUCACAACUUAUGUAUCCGAACUAAAUAAUUACAGUUCUACGAUUAUUGGUAAUGUAAAUGAAAAUUGGGUUAGUGUAAAUCCAGGAGAACUUGUACCUUUUUCUUUUACUGCUCGAGAUAAAAUGAGACAUCAAAAUUCUCAUAAAAUGCGCAUGCACCAACUAAAAGUUAAAGUUGAUGGUUGGAACUGUUUAGAACCAGUUACAGUUGACAGAGUCGGUGUUUAUUUUAGGGAUACAUGUGCUGAAUUUAAAACACGGACCUCUGAUUUACCACACACACGAAUUGUCUUCGAUGUAACCUUGGAAGGAUCCGCUAGAAAAUUAGUAGUUAUUCGUUCUGCUCUACUUCUUGUUAAUAACCUUCCUCAAGCAAUAGAUGUUAAAUUGGAAAGCAAACUUCCCAGUGACGAUGUGGUGUCCAAUAUAUUUUGGGUCGGUACUCAAUCAUUUACAGUUGACACAAACGCAACAUUGGCUAUUCCAUUAGAUCAUGCCCAUUCGCAAAUAAAUAUCAGGCCUGCAGCACAAUCUCCGCAACAAUACACCUACUCCGUUCCUAGUUUAACAUGGACACAAAUGCCGCAUGGUUAUGACAGAAUGUACCAAAUGAGCACUUGUCAUUCUCACAAAGGCCAAAGUUACAGGUUUUAUACAGAAAUUGUGAGACAAGGCGUUUUAAUACCCUGCAGAAGUCGAUUUGAACAACCUGCUCAUACAAUAUUUCUCUGUCCAGCAAUUGUUAUUGAAAAUUUACUACCAGCAGAUAUCCAUUACACUAUAUCUGGACAAAAAGGAUUUAUCAAAGCCAGUAACAGUACUACUAUCCAUAAUGUUGAUCCAGAUACCGUUGAUUUAAAAGUUGAAUUGGAUAAUUUCAAUACUUGCAAUAGCGUUAUUGUACCAGUGGGUUGUACCAACAUAUAUAACUGUCGUAUUAAAUUGGAAGAUAACCGCCAAAGAAAAUUAUAUCUUUUAGCUACAGUGUUAGUAAAUAAAGGAGCAAAAUUAAAAAUAUUGAUAUCAGCUUACUACUGGAUUAUCAAUAAAACAGGACUACCCUUGGUUUUUAGACAAUCUGGUACAUCAGUAGAAAGCGCAGGCCAAUUUGAUGAACACGAACAAGCUAGAAUGAUGAAUCCUAUGAUGUUCAGUUUCUCAGAUCAGGGUGCAAGUCCUACUAUCAAUGCCAGAGUUGGUAAUAGAGUUAUUUGGGAUGGAACACCCCAGUGGUGUGCUAAUUUUCACGUACAAAAAGGCACCCAGUAUCGAAAACUACACGUUACUCUUCGAGAUGCUCGCCCAGACAUAGUUUUCAUAAUUGGCUUAGAAGUAAGACCUGGGAGGGGAAAAUAUAGGUCAACAAAUAUCAUAACAAUAUCUCCAAGAUACCAACUUCAUAACAGAACUUCUUACAAACUACUUUUCUCCCAAUAUUGCUAUGCCAAAGAGGCUCGGGACCAGUUGCCGAAGUCUUCUUUAAAAGCCAUGGCAAAUUCUCAUAUGCCUUUUCACUGGCCGAAUUUAGAAAAAGAACAACUUUUGUGCUUGUCGAUAGAAGAUGUUCCAGAUUGUUGCUGGUCCGGUGGACUUAAAAUUGAUACCAAUAAUUCGAUGCACGUUAAUAUUAGAGAUUCCACAGGAGGCGUAUACUUUCUUCGUAUGGAAGUCGUCUUACAAGGAGCAACUUUUUACGUUGUAUUCACAGAUGCUGAUACUUUACCGCCACCAAUACGAGUAGAUAAUUUUUCUGAGGUAUCAAUAAUGUUUGGUCAAAGUUGUUACAUCGAUAUAAUGCAUAGCACGGCGAGAGCACAUUCUAGCGUGCCGUACGCUUGGGACGAACCGACCAAAGGUCAUUCUAUCAAAAUUAUUGGACCUGGAGGUGUUUGGAAUACUUAUAAUAUGUCGACUUUGGGAUCAGUUCCAGGAUUAACCUAUGAAAAUUUUAUUUACAUUGCAAUGACAGGAACAUUUAAAAAAUCGAGAGGCGUCCACGAUCCCAAUGAAAUGGAAAGCCAGGAACUGGUGUUAGACGUCAUAAAGCACAAUCGAGUAAUUCUUUCUCGAAAAAUGAUAAGUGAACGUUCACAAUUAUGGAGAAUAACUGCUGAAGGAUAUUUAGAACACGAAGGCAGUAACCCACCGUUGCAUCCAAACCAAACUAGAAAUCCCGAUAGUAUUUUAGUUCUGGAUAUUGAGAAUACUGCAGCACAGCCAAAUACUUAUUCUAAACUAAUGUUGAGACGAAUUGAUCCAAGAAGGCAGUCCACUCAAAAGUGGCGAUUCACAGAAGAAGGAAGGUUGUGUUGUGACCAUUAUAACAUGUGUGUCCAAUCUAUGGAUGGAUCUUAUGGUCUAAGAGCAGGUAAUCCAGUUGUCUUGGGAUUACCCCAACCAAUAAGUCACAAAUUUAUAAGUAAUGGUUUACCGAUUGAACAAGCCAUUGAUAGGCAACAUUUACGUCCAGGUUCAGGUCUCCUCUCUGUCAACAUUUACAUGGAUGGACCGACGCAAGUUAUAUGUGUAAAAGAUAUGAAAGAAAAUAAUUUAUAUGCUACAUCAGAUGACAAAGAAUGGAGAAGUAUAUUAUUAAAUCAGCGACCAAACUUAAAUUUAACAGAAAGAAAAGAAGAAGUGGGAGAGAGGAGAGAACUCCAAUUUGGUAUUAAUUUGCAUGGGAUUGGUUUUAGUUUAGUCAGUAGGAAAAUACCUGAAGAACUGUUGUAUAUUUAUUUUCAUGCUAUCGUUGGAGAAACUGUGAUAACGUCGCAAAACAAACAGUUUUGUUUUAGUAUUAAGGAUAUUCAAAUAGAUAACCAGCUUGUAGAUACAUCGGUACCUGUUGUUGCAUACAUCACUCAUCCAGGAUUCAAAACUACUGAUCAGGAAUAUGAUUACUUACCGGCCUUAGAUUUUAGUGCCGAAAUUCAACCAAAGACAAAUAUAAAUGCCAUAAUAUUCAAGCAUUUGAUAGUGAGACUAAAGAAAAUAACUCUUAUUAUUGAAGAAGUGCUGUUAUUAAAACUUUUGGAGUUUUUUGGGUUUCACUCUCAAACUGAAGAAUUGGUUAACAAAGAUAAUGAUUGUAAUGAAACACAAGGGUUAUUAACAGAAACAUACACUGCACAUUCUAAAAGGUACUAUUUUGGUAUAAUUAAACUGAUCCCGGAUCAAAUAAGAUUAAGCGUUACAACGUCAAGCAAACUUCCGAGACAAUUAAAAGGUAUUAAAAGAAAAUUAGGAUUAACCCUGAUAAAAUUUGAAGAUGCAGCAGUGGAUCUUGAAGCAUUUGAAAGAAAACACCCCUUUGAGACCAGCGAAUUUCUAAUAAAAAUUAUCAUUAAACAUUUUAAAGAUGAACUAAUGUGGCAAGCCGGAAUUAUCCUAGGUUCAGUCGAUUUUAUAGGCAAUCCAUUAGGUUUGGUAAAUGACGUUUCUGAAGGUAUAUCCGGUUUCAUUUAUGAAGGAAAUGUGGGUUCUCUUGUCAAAAAUGUGACUCACGGCAUGUCAAACUCGGCAGCUAAAAUUACCGAAUCGCUCUCAGAUGGUCUUGGAAAAGUAUCUAUGGAUGAUUACCAUGAAGAAAUAAGGCAAAAAAUUCGAAGAGUUCACGGAGGAAAAAGUUCUGACCAUAUAUUGGCAGGUUUUAAGGGACUGGGUUUUGGAAUUUUGGGGGGUGCCACAGGAAUAUUCAAACAAGUUUAUGAAGGUGCUUCAAACGAUGGUUUACCAGGUGUGUUUUCUGGAUUGGGCAAAGGUUUGGUAGGUGCAGUGACCAAACCCGUUGUAGGAGUUCUUGAUUUUGCUUCUGAAACGGCAAGAGCCGUUCGAGAUUCCAGUCGGAGUAAGCAAAUGCCAGAAAGAAAGCGACUACCUAGAUGUGUACAUGGACCAGGUGGCCUUUUGCCAAAGUUUAAUUCUAAACAAAGUCAAGGUCAACAAUAUUUGUAUAGAGUAAACAAUAAAAAUUAUUCAGAACAACUUAUCGCUUUUGAAAUUUUGGGUAGUGCUUCUGAAGAUUUACUUUGUAUAAUAUCCAAUGAAAUGAUACGAAUAGUAACAUGUACAAAAAGUUCAGAAUUAACAUCUGUGGUAGAAUGUUCUUUGAGUGAUUUAGAAGUAUGCAAUGUGAUUAAAGAAAAAGAACAUGGCGAAAUACGAUAUUACAUAGAAAUUGUAAUGCGAUAUACUGGGACAAGCGCGGCUCUUGUAAACCCAGACCCGGUGAAAAAACCUAGAGUUAGAUGCCGUACGACAGAUUUGGCAGAUACUAUUUCUAGGCAAAUUAAUUAUGCUAAAAAAAUGUACAAUGAUUAUUUAUAUACAUUAUUAACCGAAAAUUCGUCAAUGCUUGAUGAAUAAAGGUUCUGUUUUUAUAA